ACUUGCUUUCAUAGCCUGUGUGAUUCAUCCACUUCUGUGCACCGGCAGCUUCGCUUUCUUGAGUUUUGCCUCUGUGUGGCAAUACCAGCUCCGUUUAAGUAUCCAGUGACCUUUCUUGCAUGUCACUUACCUUAACAAGCGCAAGGUCAUCCCUUCUAUGUUUAGAUUUAAUUAUCCUGAUAAUAUAGCCUUAACCUUUGACUGCAAGAAACUAAUUUUCCUCUUAUGAAUUUGAUCCUCUUGAAAUAACAACCAGAAAGCAAGCUAUCGAAUCCUUUGCUGUCUAGAUAGGGGCAGUAGCACCUCCUUUCAGGUCAACAUUACUCCUUACAGCCAAAUAGAGCUCUUGCCUUGUAAAUGACAGAACUUCACCGUAAAUGUUUUGAGAAACUGCAAUAUUUGUUAAAUAACAAAUAAAUAAGUAUUUGUUAUUAUUUGUGAUCUCAGCAUGUUUUCUGUGUAGUUUAUCCAUUUUGUCUGGGCAACAGUGUCAGUUUUGAACAAUUAAACACAAACAUAACUACAGCAUGAACUUCUUUGGCAGAAGACAUAGUUGAUAUUGCAUAUACAGUCUCCCUUUCUCUGAAUUAAAAUGGAAAAAUGCACUGUACUUUUCUCAGUGUCUUCCAGAAAUAUGAACGUUCCUUAUGAAUGAUCCUUACGUGUUGAAAUAGGAGGAGGCUGAACCAUUCUGUUUAGGUAUAUGGAAUACAGUGUAUUUGGUAGCAAAACUGUUGUAUCUGAUUUUCUAGAAGGUAGAUCUUUAAAUAUGAAGAUUGAGUUUUGAGCACUAGGAGCAUUGUGUAAGUAUGAAUUUUGGCACUUUUAAAGAAGCGUCCUUGGAAGAAGUUCCUAGGUGUGUAAAGAGUUGCUUUCAGAGUGUUACGUUUCGGGUGUGUGCUAACAUUCGGAGUGGUGUAAGUUCUCAGCACAGGUUGAUUGAUUCCUUGCCAAAGUUUUAUGGGCGCUGCUGGUUUUUGUUUGUUUUGGGGUUUUUGUUUGUUUUUCCUUCCCCAAACGCCUAAACUUGGUGGGAGUAAAUUAACACUGUGUACGCCUGGAGUAGUGCAGUCUUUGCCUCAGAGAUGUCCCUUACCCUCUGGAUAGAUGAGGUGCUUGGAGAGGCAGAGAGGACAUGGCAAUGGCAACAAAUGUCAUGUUAUCGCCCUGAUUAUAGUGGAUUGGAUGUAGCUAGGAGUGCUAAAGGGGAGGUAAAGCAAAUGCCAUUGGGGUGUGGGGCAGAGGUGGCAGAAGAAGGAAAGCAGAGUAAAAGACUUGAGAGAGAUAUAAAGCUAGAAGAAGCAGUGAGAGUGGGAGACAGCUGUCAUUCAGGUCAGGUAUGCUCCAGAGAAGACUAGAAAUUCCUGAAAAGAUCUCUGUGCAGAUGGUUUCUUCAGUAGUUCCUGUCACUGUGACUCCUCAGUGGUUUGGUUUUGCACUUCUUCCCCAAAGCUGUGAGUCCAUGGAUAAGGAAGGGAAAAAGGAAACCUCUCCCACUUGCUAAACUUGCCAUGUCUGUAGGAGACCCUUCCUGAGGUCUGAUCCAGAGAUCAGGGAUCUUGCCAGCUGUGUCAAGUCUUUAGUCCUCUCCCACACGCCAGUGUCCAGUUCUUGCUUCAACCCCUGCUGUGGCUGUUCUGGUUGGCACCUGUGUAAUCACGAUGCAAGUAUGGACAUUAUAGCCUAUGAUGAUUACUCCAGUCCACCGCUCCAGAGAUAUUGAAAGGAAACCUGAAUACCUCCAGCCAGACAAGUGUGUUCCACCUCCCACCCGCAGUUCCCUGGGAACGAUGUGGUUUAUUCGGGAUGGCUGUGGUAUUGCGUGUGCUGUCGUUACCUGGAUGCUGGUGUUCUAUGCUGACUUUGUAGUCCUUCUUGUCAUGUUAGUUCCAUCAAGAGAUUAUGUUUAUAGCGUGAUCAAUGGCACACUGUUCAACACCUUGGCUUUCCUCGCUUUGGCUUCACAUUUUCGUGCUAUGCUGACAGAUCCAGGUGCUGUACCCAAAGGUAAUGCCACCAAGGAGUUCAUUGAGAGUUUACAGCUAAAGCCAGGACAGGUGGUUUAUAAGUGCCCAAAAUGCUGUAGCAUCAAACCAGACAGAGCACAUCACUGCAGUGUUUGCAAGAGGUGUAUUCGGAAAAUGGACCAUCACUGCCCGUGGGUCAAUAACUGUGUAGGAGAGAAUAACCAGAAGUACUUUGUACUGUUUACAAUGUAUAUAGCACUGAUUUCCCUGCAUGCUCUAAUCAUGGUGGGAUUUCACUUCUUAUAUUGCUUUGAAGAGGACUGGACAAAAUGCAGCUCCUUCUCUCCGCCAACUACAGUGAUUCUUCUCAUCCUCUUGUGUUUUGAGGCUCUCCUAUUCCUCAUCUUCACCUCAGUAAUGUUUGGGACCCAAGUUCACUCCAUCUGCACUGAUGAAACGGGUAUUGAGCGUCUUAAAAAUCAGAAGCCAACUUGGGAAAAGAUCAGCGGCUGGGAAGGAAUGAAAGUGGCGUUCGGUGGUGCUUUCUCCUUGGGUUGGUUCAGUCCUUUUUCGAAUCUGGACUGUAAAAAACCACCAUCGCCUGAAGCAGCAGCAGCAGCAGCUCCUGCGUCUGCAAUUAUGACCCAAGAAGAAAUUGAGCAAUUUCUAGCUCAAGAUGUUGCAGUCCAAGUGUUACAUGAAUAACCAAAACAUCCUCCAAGAUGUCGAGAGAAGCUUUCCGUUUUGUUUUUUUUUUUUAAUAACUAUUUGUGCUGAAGAUUUAGGGGAUUUUUAAAUGGACUGUUGAGGUGAAAAAUAUUCAGGAGUAUUUAUCCAGAGGUCGGGUACAACACUAGCA